AUGGCCCGUCCUUGCUCGUCCCUGCUUCUUGGAGCGGUCGCGGUGGCGCUAGUCCUUGCCGCUGCGCCGUCGGCGCUCGCCGGCGACCCCGACUACCUCCAGGACCUCUGCGUCACCGACCUCAACUCCGAUGCCAAACUGAAUGCAGGAUUUGCACAGUUGGCUGGGCACUGUCGCAUUGAACAUUGA